AUGAGAAAGGCAGCCAAGUCUGUGUCCUUCAUCCUCCCUCAUUGGACUUGGUCGGCUAACUCUGAACCCGUGCCAAGAUCGUUCAAGGACAUCGGCCUUGAUGAAAUCUCCAUCACGCAGUACAGCCCGGGAUUCGCCUCGAUAACGGGGCCGGGGCAGUUCUGGUACUCUAUGAUACUUUCGACUCGGGAGUCGUCCCGCAACCCCUUUUUCCAUGACGUCUGCGCCUAUCUGCCCGAGCACGACGAGCUGUACAUCUCCUCCAACACGCUGCCGCCCACCAGUACCUCUCAGCUGCCCAUCAUCCUCAUAUCGCGAAUUCAAAUCGCCCGCAACGCAGCUGGCGCCGUCCGGGCCGUCGACUGGCAGAAGCUGCGACCGCCGCCCAAUAUGCCCAUGCCCGCUGGCGGCGCUCCCUACCUCCGCGGCGUCCUGUACUGCUCGCAGGGCAACACGGCUCCGGACACGGGCGGGCUCUAUUACAUGCCACGGGGCAAGCCGCCCGAGCCGGUCGUGACCAACUUCUUCGGCCGCGACUUCAACUCGGUCAACAGCGUCGCCGUCGCCAGCGACGGGUCCCUAUGGUUCACGGACCCCUGCCACGGCUUCGAGCGGGAGCUCCGCGGCCCGCCUCAGCUGCCCUGCCACGUCUACCGCUUCGACCCGGGCUCGCGCGACCUGCGCGUCGUCGCCGACGGCCUGGGUCGCCCCCAUGGCAUCGCCCUCAGCCCCGACGAGAGCACCGUCUACGUCACCGACACCGACGCCGUGCGCGCCAACGCCUCGCGCGACCUGACGCGUGCGGCCACGAUAUACGCCUUUGACGUUGUCAAGCGGUCGGGCGCCCCGUUCCUCGCCAACAAGCGGGUUUUCGCCUACGCACUCACCAGCAUCCCCAUGGGCGUCGCGUGCGACGGCGCCGGAAACGUCUGGGCGGGCUGCGCCGACGGCGUCGAGAUCUGGAGUGCCGGCGGCGAGAUCUUGGGCGUCAUUGAGGUUCCCGGCGGCGUGACGAGCAUCGCGUUUGGAACAGACGGCGAGGUCUUCCUCUGUGCCGAGCAGAGGCUGUGGAUGUUGAGACUGAAGAGUAGAGACCUCAUGUCUGAUUCUUGA